GACCAUUGUUGCCAAAACAACAAAGUUAUUCUUCAGGAUACCAAAAAGUUUGAUUGUCCAGCAAUGGUUUAUAUAAAAGAAAUAGUCGAAUUUCCGGAGUUUGAGCUAAUAAGAGAUUCAUCAUGGUUAAGAAAAGAAACUUCAAAAAAACUUCGUCUAGCCAUGUUGGAGAAAAGAAAUUUAGUUAUGCGUAGAAAAUAUAUUUUAGUAUUGCCAGAUAUUUCUGCUAAUAAAAACCAUGCUACAGGAGAUGCAGCAGGUCUCUGUCAACCUAUUUCUGAGGAUCUGAUUAUAAAAAUUGGAGAAUUAGUAAAAAAGGGUGUCAACACUGUUCCGGAGAUGAGGCGGCAUCUUGAUUUUUUUGUUCAAGCUCAAUUUACUUUAAAUAAUGUUCCUCACAAAGAAAACAAGCGUUACUUUCCAUUGGAUAAGACCAUUCGAAACCAUAUGAUAAAUGCAAGAAGAAAACUUCGGAGGUCUUUGAUCGAUCAAGAAUGUUUGCUUGAUAAAAUUAAUGAAUGGAGAAUCAUCUCCAAAAAAAGCCAUGAUAAAAUUUAGACCAAAAGGUAUCAGUAUUCUGGAAGACAAUGAUCCACAGCUUAAGGAUUGUUGUUUGUAUUCCAAGAUAAGUGGCAAAGGAGACUGCUUUUGCGAUAUGGAAAUGAGCUUAUUUUCCUUGAUGCUACAUAUCGCACAACAAGAUAUGCUCUUCCCUUGUUUUUUCUAGUUGUCAAG